AGAGAAUACGGCGAGGAAAAGGAAUCAAGCAGACGCCAGCAGGGAGUCAAGCGGGAGGUGACCAUGGCGGGAGGGCAACAGCAACAGAGUAUCGACCUGUCGGUGCUGUCGCUGGAGCAGCUCAACCAGAUGAAGACGCAGCACGAGGAAGAGGUUCAGACUCUGUCGGGGAACUUCAUGAAACUCAGAGACGCUCAGGCACGAUUUUCUGAAUCGAUCUCAGCGGUGGAGGCGUUGGGGAGCAAGACGGAAGACAAGGAGAUUCUGGUACCGUUAACCCAGUCGCUGUACGUGCCGGGGCGUAUCGUUGAGGCGGACAAGAUGAUGGUGGACGUGGGGACGGGCUACUACGUGCAGAAGGACCAGCAGAAAACGGCAGAGUUCCUGGGGAGAAAGAAAGACAUGGUGACGACGAACUUGGAGUCUCUCCGCAAUGCGAUCGACGUCAAGCGCAAGAACCUGGAGGCUAUCGUGAUGGUGAUGCGGAGAAAGAUCGGCGACAUCGAGACGAAACGAGCGGAGUUCAAGAGCAGCGAAGAGGCCAAGGCAUGAGGAGGAGGCGGGGGGGUGGCGCUAAGCUACGCACAUUUGAAGAAACAGCGCGGAGUCAUGUGGAGUAGGCCAGCAUGUUGAACGGUAUCGGCAGUGUGUGUGUUUUCGAGGCACAAGGCUCUGUCGCGGAGCUUACAUCCUUGUACAACCAGGCUUUCUAGAUUGAAUCUGAGCGGUUGUCGAUCUCCACCAGCUGCGCUCUGCGUGUAGCUGUUAAUAAGUCUCUGUAUCGUAGUGAGUGGCAGACGCUGUGAGUGCAUCGCGCGUCGCUCUUGGGCGGAACCUCAUGGGCAACGUGCUUGCCUUCUGAAUGGCUGGUUGACUACCGAUGGUUGCCAGCUCAAUGAAGCCUAUGUCCCGAGCGCUUGAGAAACGGAAACAAUCGGCUUUCAUUCCAGGCCAGCCCCUUGGCAUUCUUCAAAGCUCCAAAGGAAGGACCGUGCUGUGGCAUGAACGAUUCGAGUGCCGUGUCUGAACAUUGUUAUCUGUAGAUGCGGCAUCUCAGUCAAAGGUACGUAUGUCAUUUGGACGCUCGGGCCGGCAGGUAGACAGACGUCAAUCCCGACUUUGUCAUUCGCGGAAGCAGGCUUGUUGUAGAGAGGAGAGGGUCGCAUGUUAAGCGAUGUGUUUGGGCCGAAAGCAGUUCCCUGUACAACCUAGGCUUGUCCAGGUGGGAUUUCAAGGGGUCAAGAAGCCAGGCAGACACGACAAGAGUCGAGCCUGCCGUCCUCACGCGUACAGCACUAAGCGUUGUGCCUGACCGUUGCGAAAGCAGGUUUGGCGCUGGGGAAUUGGUUCUGUACAACAUUAGGUAAUCUGCAAGGGGCUUGAAAAUGAGUACCAAAUGAGUAAUUGUUCAGGUCCGAAGGGUACACGGAUCAAAUUAUCGUUGCAGCAAAGAAUACUCCCGUGUGAGUGUGCACGACCAAUCUGACACGGAGCAUAAAGACUGGAUGAGUCUACGACCGACACAACCGUCACAUGUGCAUUCACACCUUA